UUUUAAAUGUAUUUAGUAUAUGUCACACAAGGAAUAAGAUGACACUUUUGUGUUUUAUGUCACUGUUGCCAUGAUAUAUUCUUAAGGAUAUAUCCAUAAAGAGGAUAUAUUCUUAAAAUUAAAUUUUUCUGUUCAUAUUAGAUGAAUUACAUCUCAUCCAAAGCUCAGAAAGGAUUGCUAACUAUUAAUAAAGCAAAGACAUUAAAAUACUUUUAUGAAAUUUUUUUAAUGGUAGUAGAAACUUGAUUUUAAUAAUAAAUUUUAUUCAAAUUAUAACCGUACAGCUUGCAAACAAAUAAAACUAAUAUAUGUAUAAUAAAUAUAACCACUGCUUUUACAAAUCCAGUACGAAUUCCAAAAUGAUAUCCAAUUCGGACUACACAGAAGUCAAAUUUUUUAAAAAAAUAAUUCAUUUAAUAAUAUGACAGAGAUAUAGUGGUAAUAUGUCUAAGCAUAAAUAUCCAAUAUUUACAAAAAUUAUAUCAAUCAUAUGCUAUGUUGCCAUUAUAUCAAUUUAUGCUACUUCUCAAAUAUAAGCGCAUAUUCGAAUCUUAAAUGCAAGAGAAAUGUUAGAAACUAAGAUAGUUCAAUAAUUUUAAAUAUAAUACUAUGUGCAAUAUGUGAGAAAGUAGUUUUGUUAUAAAAUAUAUUUACUCCCAAAUGACAAUUUGUUAAAUUCAUUAAAUUAUGUCUCUAUAAUUAGAUUAUAAUUUAUUAUUCUCCUAAAAAAACAUUUUGAAUGUGAGUAGAGUCUAUGAAAUUAUAAUUUUAAAAAUUUAUAUAUAUAUAUAAAUCGGCAAAAAUAUGAGAAUUUCCAUGCUUUAAAUAUGCAUCUGACCAAAAAUUCAAUCCCUACAUUUAGUUUAUUUCCUCUAAAUCCUUCAUCCUAUAGGUAUAAAAAAUAAUAUAAACUUUUUUAUUUCAUUUAUUGUGAGGUAGAAAUAGAGUUUCAUUACAUAGCAACAGAUACAAAAUGGCCAAAUGCACUUAAAUAUCAAGAUAAUUUUAUAAAAUUUGUAAGAUGAAGAAAAAUCCUGAAGUUCAAUGCUUAGUAGUGCCUUUUUUUUAAACUAUUGGUAAUCUCACUGGGACACUUUAAAAAAAGAGGAUGAGAGAAAUUCUUGUGUUGUGGUUGUUUCAUUCCUUCUUGGAGGGUACAGAAAUGAUGUUGAAAUAACUACUCCCUACCGAUAGCAGGAUUUAUUUCAUGGUUGCUUAUGGCCCCAAGGGUUCAACCAUAGUUCUUUCCAAUGCUGCCAUAGCUUUCUGGUUAUUCAUAUUUAUCUGAAUGCAUUAAGGUGGUACAGAGAAACCUCUUGUAGUAAUAUUAUUGAUAGUAAUUUUUUUACUCAUAUAUUUGUAAUUGUAAUAUAUUAGAUUAAUUAUUAAAAUCUGAAUAGUAAGUAAUAUACACCUACUUGUUCAGAUGAAGAAUUGCAAGAUAUUCCAGAGAAUUAAACCAAAUUUGCACUAUAUAGAUAAUUGUUGGAAUUUGAUAGGUGGUCAUGAACAGUGCAAAAAGGAGGUGAAAGAAGCAUUCAAUAUUUGAGAUCUGUUACUCACUGAUGCAUUACAAAAAAGUUUACACUUAAAAACUUCAUGUGAAAGAUGCAACCACCAUAUCAUUUUUGAAUUCCAAGAUUGUGUUGUCACGAACCUAAAGAGAUGUUAAUGAGAAAAGCUGAUAAAUCAUCACAUCUUUCGGAUAAAAGUGGUAACAAUAAGAGUGGUUUGACUUUUCAAAGACCUACAGCCUCAACUUGCAACAUAUAACGUAUCUUGAUGGAAUCUAGAAGCAAGAAAUAAUAGAUUCCUCAAUACAUCAGUUUAGAAAUUUUUAAUCACGCUAUCAUUUUUAUUAUUAGAGCAUAUGUGUGAGUAUUGUUGUUCAGAUACAAAAAAGAGGAAAUUUAUUCUUAUUACCCAUGUUAGAAAACAUUCAAAGUUUACCCCUUUUUAUUCACUUAAUAAAAAAAUAACCAUUAUUUUUGUCAUAUAUGGUCAAAGGCUUUUAAAUUCUAUUCAUCCUGAAAAUCUUAUUGGCAAAGUGUUAAUGAAAAGAGAUAUCUCUUGCUCGUGACAUGCCGAAAGAAGUGCUUUAAAGACGCAAUAUUCUCAUUGACCACUUAAUGGAGAAACCAUAUGCUUUCAAAUUUUGUGAUAUUCUCUCAGCUUCCAAAUGUAAAGAAACGUUUUCGUGUGCAUACUAAAGAGAAACCACAUACAUGUGAAAUUUGUAGUAGAGUAAUUUUUCAACGAUCGCAUUUAAAAAAUUCAUUUAAUGUCCCAUAUGAAUAAGGAAUCCUACGCUUGCAACUUUUGCAACAAAGUCUUUUCUGUGAUUUCCAGUUUCAAAAUUCAUUUACGGACGCAUGCGAAAGAAAAAUCGUUUACAUGCGACGUUUGUUAUACUGCUUUUUCUCAUAAUUCGAGUUUGCAAAGGCAUUUACGGACGCAUACGGGGGAGAAACCUUAUGCGUGUGAAUUUUGUAACAAACCCUUUUCGAAUACGACGCAUUUGAAAAGUCAUUUACGGACGCAUACGGGGGAGAAACCUUAUGCGUGUGAAUUUUGUAACAAACCCUUUUCGGAUAAGACGCAUUUGAAAAGGCAUUUAUGGACGCAUACGGGGGAGAAACCUUAUGCGUGUGAAUUUUGUAACAAACCCUUUUCGGGUGCGACGGAUUUGAAAAGGCAUUUACGGACGCAUACGGGGGAGAAACCCCAUGCGUGUGAAUUUUGUAACAAAUCCUUUUCGGACAAAAGGUGUUUGAAAAGACAUUUACGUACGCAUACUGGAGAGAAACCGUAUGCUUGUGAAAUUUGUAACAAAGCCUUUUCAGAUUAUGGGAGUCUCAAAUAUCAUUUACGGACGCAUACGGGCGAGAAACCGUAUGUAUGUGAUUAUUGUAAUCUUUCCUUUUCAUAUAAGAAGGGUUUUACAAUACAUUUACGAACGCAUACGGUGGAGAAAUCCGUUUCGGAAAAGAAGAAUUUGAAAAUUCAUUUACAGGCGUAUACGAAAGAAAAAUCGUAUACAUGCGACGUUUGUUAUACAGCUUUUUCUCAGAAUUUGAGUUUGAAAAGGCAUUUACGGACGCAUACGGGGGAGAAACCGUAUGCGUGUGAAUUUUGUCACAAACACUUUUCGGAUAAGAGGAAUUUGAAAAGUCAUUUACCGACGCAUACGAAAGAAAAAUCGUAUACAUGCGACGUUUGUCAUACAGCUUUUUCUUAUAAUUCGAGUUUGAAAAGGCAUUUACGGACGCAUUCGGGGGAGAAACCUUAUGCGUGUGAAUUUUGUAACAAACCCUUGUCCAAUACGACGCAUUUGAAAAUUCAUUUACGGACGCAUACGAAAGAAAAAUCGUAUACAUGCGAUGUUUGUUAUACAGCUUUUUCUCAAUAUACGACUUUGAAAAGGCAUUUAUUUACGCAUACGGGGGAGAAACCGCAUUCCUGUGAAUUUUGUAAUAAAUCCUUUUCAUAUAAGCAGAAUUUAAAAAUACAUUUAAGAUCGCACACGAAAGAGAAACCGUAUGCAUGUAACAUCUGUGGUAAAAGAUAUUCUCAUUCGCAUUCUUUAAAGGGACAUUUGUCAAAGCAUAUCAUAGAAAAUGGAUGAAUUAUGCGCCUCCGAUGUUCAAUAAUGCGCUUGCUCGUGGGAGAACUUCGCCUCAUCUUAAAGAGAAAGGCUUAUGAUAAUGAUUUUGUAGUAAGUUAAUGUUUCAAGAAACAAGGACCAAAAAAGCUUAUUAUUUUACUAAAAUAUGUUGAAAUAAUCUCUUCUAGGAAUUCUAUUUGGUAUGACACAGCACAUAAUGCAUAUUCAUUGUUAUUAUACAGGGUAAUUCUUAUCCUUAAAUGAAUAUUCCAUGUUUGUACUAUUAAAGAAAACAAAACAAAGUGUAAUCUGGUUGCUGAUCCGAAAUUACAAAUAGCAGUUGAAAAAUUAAACUGUACAAUUAUAAAUAUUCAAUAGAAGCACCUCCAAAAAUCUUAUCCAGACGAUACGAUAACCCAUCACAUACCCUUUCAGUUUCUCCAAUAUCAUGCUUUGAAAGCCUGCUGAUAUGCAUGUUUUAAGUUUAUAAACAUCAGUUGAUAGCGGGCUAAUAAACACUUGCAAUUUGUUUUAACCCGAGAUGUGUAUUUUAAUGUGAAUAUGUUUUAUACACAUGCGUUAAAAUGUUUCCAAUAAAAAUUGGUGUUUUAUUGAAAAGUCUUAUAAAUUUAUGUACUUCCCUUUUACUAUUGUGUGGGACUAUAAUUUGUGUAAUUUUUCUUCUGUAACAUUUUGUACCUCCUGAAAGUUUCAGAGCUGCGAUUUAUUAUAAGAAAUAUAAAAUCUAAUAUGCAGAAGUAUAUUUUUGUACGAAUGUGUUUCAAUUAUUGAAUUUAUAUAGCAUGGUUUCCUGCUUCAAAUCUGCAUCUUGUAUUAAACCAUUUUGUAUCGAAUUGUUUUUGUAAAUUUUUCCUUACAUUUCGAAU